AUGGGGCACAACGGCAGCUGGGUCUCCCGGAACGCCAGCGAGCCGCGCAACGCGUCGGGCGCCGAGGCGGCGGGCGCCAACCGCAGCAGCGCUCUCGGGGAGCUGGGCGAGGCGCAGCUGUACCGCCACUUCACCACCACCGUGCAGGUCGUCAUCUUCAUAGGCUCGCUGCUCGGAAACUUCAUGGUGUUAUGGUCAACUUGCCGCACAACCGUGUUCAAAUCUGUCACCAACAGGUUCAUUAAAAACCUGGCCUGCUCGGGGAUUUGUGCCAGCCUGGUCUGUGUGCCCUUCGACAUCGUCCUCAGCACCAGUCCUCACUGUUGCUGGUGGAUCUACACCAUGCUCUUCUGCAAGGUCGUCAAAUUUUUGCACAAAGUCUUCUGCUCUGUGACUAUCCUCAGCUUUCCUGCCAUUGCCUUGGACAGGUACUACUCAGUUCUAUAUCCUCUGGAGAGAAAAAUAUCUGAUGCCAAGUCCCGGGAACUGGUGAUGUACAUCUGGGCCCAUGCAGUGGUGGCCAGCAUUCCAGUGUUUGCAGUGACCAAUGUGGCCGACAUCUAUGCCAUGUCCACCUGCACCGAAGUUUGGAGCAACUCCUUGGGCCACCUGGUGUACGUUCUGGUCUAUAACAUCACCACGGUCAUUGUGCCUGUGGCUAUGGUCUUCCUCUUCUUGAUACUGAUUCGACGGGCCCUGAGUGCCAGCCAGAAGAAGAAGGUCAUCAUAGCAGCGCUCCGGACUCCACAGAACACCAUCUCUAUCCCCUACGCCUCCCAGCGGGAGGCCGAGCUGCACGCCACCCUGCUCUCAAUGGUGAUGGUCUUCAUCUUGUGUAGCGUGCCGUACGCUACCCUGGUUGUCUACCAGACUGUGCUCAACAUCCCUGACACUUCUGUCUUCUUGCUGCUCACUGCCAUCUGGCUGCCUAAAGUCUCUCUGCUAGCAAACCCUGUGCUCUUUCUUACUGUGAACAAAUCUGUCCGCAAGUGCUUGGUAGGGACCUUAGUACAGCUACACCACCGGUACAGUCGCCGUAACGUGGUGAGUACAGGGAGUGGGCUGGCCGACGUCAGCCUGGAGCCCAGUGUGCGCUCAGGAAGCCAGCUGCUGGAGAUGUUCCACAUUGGGCAGCAGCAGAUCUUUAAGUCCACGGAGGAUGAGGAAGAGAGCGAAGCCAAGUACGCUGGCUCUGCCGACCUCCAGGCCAAGGAGAUACUUAGCACCUGCCUGGAGAGGGAGCAGGGGCCACAGUCUGCGCCCCCUGUGCCACCCCUGGGCACAGUGGACUCUCUACCCCAGGUGGCUUCAGCAGCCCCUGUGGAACCCGAGACAUUCCCUGGCAAGUAUUCCCUGCAAUUUGGUUUUGGUCCUUUUGAGUUGCCUCCCCAGUGGCUCUCAGAGACCCGAAACAGCAAAAAGCGGCUGCUGCCCCCCUUGGGUAACACCCCAGAAGAGCUGAUCCAGACAAAGAUGCCAAAGGUAGGCAGGGUGGAGUGGAAGAUGAGUAGAAACAAUAAAGUGAGCGUCUUUCCAAAGGUGGACUCCUAGCAAGGAUUGAAAAUCCCUGGGAGCAGCAGGGAGCUCCCCUACUCCGGCCGGCCCUUCCUCUGGCCCUGUGAUUUGUAUGAUCUCAUUGCAACCAGAGUGGGUUGACUUUUCCUGGCUGGGCCAGAUGCUUUUGAAUGAGAGGGAAAUCUAUAUAAAGUCAAUGUCUUUUUAUUGAGGGAGUAUAUAUAUAUUUAUCUCAGUGAUUCAUGUCCUUAGUAAGUCCAUGUUCCUCUUUGUGGAGACAAAAGUUGGGCAUUGUGGACUGGGUCUUGGGGUGGGUACCCCAUGUGUGUUUUCUGGAGAUCCUCAGUUCUCUGAGUCCAGCAGAGAAUACACGGAGAGAAAAAGCAUCCCUGAGCUCAAAGGAGCAGGGCCACUCCAAGGGAAGCCCAAGAUAACUAUGGAGUGGUGUGGGCACAAAGAAAAUGCCUAUUUGAUGGACAUAAGUAUGUCAAAUAUAUUUAAAAUUGAUCUGUACCUUCAGGGAAGAUAGGGACUUGGCAUUUGACACCUUUUCUUUGGAAGGCCCGAUCAUAUGUCUCGCAGUUCCUCCCAAUGCCCGUCAUCCUUUCCACUGGGAUGUGGAUAAGGAAUGGCCCUUCUGCCCACAUUUGACAGACAUGGCAAUAGAUGUGCCUGGUGGUAAGUGAGACGAUCUAUCCUUGGUUAUCCUGACAUUCCCAGGCAUCACUAUGGCCUCAGAAAGACAUGUCUGCAGUUUUGGUUCGAAAACACUGCAAGCUCUUUACUAUGU